AGGACAUCGACUCCUCAAGUAAAACUCCUGUUACGAGCCCGACCAUCUACCGUCGCCGCUCAAUCUAACUGUCUACUGUAAAAUGGGUGGUCGCGGUGUCCUUCUCACCUCAAAUCUCCCUCAGCUGCAAAACCUCAUCAAACGUGACCCAGCAGCGUACAAGGAGGAGUUCCUUCAGCAGUGGAACCACUAUGACAGCAUCAGACAGAUAUUUCGAAUAAAUCCUGAUGAACAGGCUCAGCAUUUUCGUGAACUUGUCUCGUUCAUAUCUCAAGUCGCACAAUGUUACCCCAAGGAAACUAAAGACUUUCCAUUACAUCUAUCUACCCUUCUCCUAGACAACUAUGGUACCCUCACGCCCGAUACCAGAAAAAAUCUCGUUCAGAACCUUGUUAUGUUGCGCAACAAGGAUGUCAUCACAUCUAUCGAACUCCUCAAGUCCCUCUUUCCCCUCCUCCCUCGCACAACCUCCUCUACUUUACGAGCAUUUAUCCGCAAAACUAUCCUCUCCGACAUUCGCACUGCCAACCUCCGCACCAAAAAUCACAAACUUAAUCGUGCUGUGCAAGCCAUGCUUUUCACCAUGGUCGAACGGGGAAUGGAUGCCGAAGUUGCUGGGGACAAGGGAAAGCUCAGAUCAGCAGGCCCUACGAGUGAUAAAACCGCCAAUAAUGGGGAAGAUGCUAUGUGGUCGGUGAUAUUGACUAAGGAGUUGUGGCGAAAGGGAAUAUGGACUGACGCCAAGCCUGUGUCUAUCGUUGCGUUAGGAUGCUUCCAUCCCGUGAUGAAAGUACAGAGUGCUUCCAUUCACUUCUUUUUAGGAAGUGACGAUGAAAAGGAUGACAGCGACAAUGAAGAGGACGAAGGUCCCGACGUCAGAGCCCUUCACCAUCGUCGCGAAGUCAACAAAAAGAGACGGGGCGGCGAUAAAAAGCUACAGAAACAACUCAAUGCUGCAAAGAAGAAAAAGUAUAGCAAAAAUGCCCCCACGACACCGAAUUUUCCGGCACUCCAGCUUCUCAAUGACCCGCAGACGUUUGCCGAGAAGCUUUAUGACAACCUAAGCCGCUACGACAAACGUUUCUCACUUGAACAUAAAAUUCUCAUCAUGCAGCUCCUCUCGCGAGUCAUGGGUGCUCAUAAACUUUGCGUCCUGAGCUUCUAUACCUACAUUGUCAAAUACCUCGCCUACCACCAGCUUCGCGUCCCAUCAAUCCUCGUUGCGCUGGCGCAGUCUGUUCACGAUCUUACGCCGCCAGAUGCCUUGACCCCAGUCGUGCAGAAGCUUGCAGCCGAAUUCGUGCAUCCUGGAGUGGGAAGCGAGGUAAUUGCUGCUGGAAUCAACUCGAUCAGGGAGGUUUGUAGAAGACAACCUUGGGCAAUGGAGGAAGAUUUGUUGGGUGAUCUUGUAGAGUACAGGAGAAGUCGAGACAAGGCGGUUACAGCUGCUGCAAGAGGACUGUUACAGUUGUACCGCGAGGUGAACCCUGGUAUGCUCAAACGCCGGGAGAGAGGAAAAGAUGCUAGUAUAGGUAUGAGCAAAGGUGGUCAACCACUGCCAUUUGGACACAGCGCGGAUGCUGCAGUCGACAUUGAUGGAUUAAUGCUUCUGGAAGACCAUCUGCAGAAACUUCGCGAAGAGGAGAUUGGUGGUGCCGAUGACGAUGGUGAGGACGAUGGCGAUAACGCGGCUGCUUGGGAGGGCUGGGAUGUCGAAACCGAUUCAGAUUCGGAAUCCGAGUCGGAAGGGUGGAUAGAGGUCGACUCAGAAGGUGAAGACAAUGUGGAAGUUAGUGAUAGUGAGGACGAGCAGGAGUCAGCUCCCAAACCGCUUGGGGAGAAAGAACCGGGGACCGAUGCAAAUUCUGAUCGAAUCUCAACCUUAGCAACAACUAAAAUUCUUACGCCGGCAGACUUUGCAUUACUGAAUGACCUGCGCAUACAGGCUGCCACAAAAGCCAUCGAAUCAGGUGGUGGUUCCAGGGCAAAACGGAAGCUGGCGACCCUGGAAGCUAACAAGAAGGCUAUGCAAUCUGGGCCAUCCGAUGGCGCAUUCAUUUCUGAGAACGAUAUUCUUGGUCCGCGUAAAAAGGCUAAAGCUGACUAUGCGGAACGCAUUGCGAGUAUAGAAAAGGGCCGUGAAGGGCGGGAAAAGUUUGGUUCUCUGAAGGGUAAGAAAAAGAAAGAGACGCCGAGCAGCUCCACAAAUCGCGAGAAGGCAAGAAACAAACCGAUCAUGAUGAUAUUGAGCAGUGGUGCGGUACGGGGAAAGAAGAAGGCGUCAUUGAGGGAGAAGCAGCAGAAGUUGAGGGCACACAUCGAACGUGCAAAAAAAUCGUAUCACUAGCUAUAGUACUCAAGUGU